GCGCGCACCACUCUGGGGACUGUCCCUCCGUGGCACCGCGCGCACCAUGGCGCGCUGGGCCGCCCUCGCGCUGCUGUUCCUCGGCCUGCUCGGCUCUCUGGUGGCCGCCCCGGGUGAGCGGACGACCGGGCCGGAUGAAGAUUUCGACUUGUCUGACGCCCUCGGUGGUGACGAAGACAAGAAACCCACUCCAACCCCCAAAAAGCCCAGUCCUGGGGACGAUUUUAACCUAGAAGAUGCUCUUGGUGGCGGAGGACACAAUGACCCGGCACCGCCCAACCCACCCAAGCCCAAGCCGAAUCCGAACCCCAACCAACCCGGUUCCAGCGGUGGCUUUUCAGAUGAUGAUCUUGCUCAUGGAACUUCAGGUGGAGACGGCACAGGAGACAGCGGUGGCGGAAGCCACAGGAAUGAGGAGGAACAGGCGGACGCCCCUGGCGUGAUCCCUGGGAUCGUGGGGGCCGUGGUGGUCGCCGUGGCCGGAGCCAUCUCCAGCUUCAUCGCUUACCAGAAGAAGAAGCUCUGCUUCAAAGAGAACGCGGAACAAGGCGAGGUCGACCUGCAGAACCAUCGGAACACCAACGCAGAGCCGGCUGUUCAACGUACUCUUUUAGAGAAAUAGAAGAUAGUCCGCGAAAGCAGCCCGGCCGAGCGCAACGGGAUCCUAACACCUGCCCGAGGCUCCUCCCAGAAAAAACACCUGCCCGCGGGCAAGAGACAGCGAGGGCUUUUGUAGAUUCUCCGUGUUAAUCUUGAGAUGCGCUUUGCCUGUUGCCUCUGGGCAGACGACGUUUACUAACGAUGAGUUUGACAUCCAAGGGGGCACUUGUACUGCAUUCUCCACGGCCCCUGGGGGGUUCCCGUGUGAUGUGAAAACCUGACCGUGACCGAGUCCCCGUAAUUCAGGUAUCAUCCCCACCACCGAGGUACCCCGACCCCGAACUCUGGGCCGUUCACCUUGACGUGUACACGUCUGAAACUUCCAUGACAGCAUUGACCUUUUUUUUUAUAUUAGAUACGAGGUAAGGCUUACAUCGCUUUUCCUUAAGAUUGCUUUCAUUUGUGAGGACAUUUUUUUUCACAUCAGGCUAAUAAAAAGAAAUUUAGAAACCACAUACUUUUUUACGUAAAUGCUUUGCCCCGGCAUGGAUUUUAAAGAAGGCUGCAGAGGUUGGUGGGAAGGGCUCUAAGUUCCCUUUCCUGGGGCUCGAAGAUAAAUUAUCAACCUAAGUGCUAGUUCUUUAGUUCUGAGAUUUUUGUUUUGGGCCCUUGUUAUUACAUCUGUCCUGCCACAUGGGGACAAAUACUCCUCUACAUCCAGAUACUCUGUUCUAUCCAGAUACUCCUCUCCAUCCAGCUACUCUCCUCCAUGCAGAUACUCCCCAUAUCCAGCUACUCUCCUCCAUGCAGAUACUCCCCAUAUCCAGCUACUCUCCUCCAUGCAGAUACUCCCCAUAUCCAGAUACUCCUCUCCAUCCAGAUACUCCCCAUAUCCAGAUACUCUCCUCCAUCCAGAUCUCCUCCAUGCAGAUACUCCCCAUAUCCAGCUACUCUCCUCCAUGCAGAUACUCCCCAUAUCCAGAUACGCUCCUCCAUCCAGAUCUUCUCCAUGCAGAUACUCCCCAUAUCCAGAUACUCUCCUCCAUGCAGAUACUCCCCAUAUCCAGCUACUCUCCUCCAUCCAGAUACUCCCCAUAUCCAGCUACUCUCCUCCAUGCAGAU